AUAGUUGAUGAUCAAACAACAGAGUGAUAGAGGAUUGUCCCUUGGUUUCCUUCGCCAGAGACUGGUACAGAGCCAAAUGUCCACUGUCAACCGGAUGGACAAUUGAGCACAUGACUUUUAUAAUUUCUGUAUUUUGAUCAGGAGGGGCACUUGUCACAUCUGUUUUAAUUACAGCGAACUAACCGACUCAGUUGGCAUAGAGAGAGGAGCGAGAGGUUUAAUAUAAAGGAAUUUUUCAGAAAAAAGUAUCUAGAAUACUUUGGAUAGGGAUAAAUUAUGACAUAACAGAUGAAUUUGAAAGGUAUAUGUCAACGUCGAACCGUAAAAAUGAUGAACGUGAGGAAGGUACCUUUAAUCAUAGCACUGACUAUAAUGACACUUUUCUGUUCUAUGUUUACACUUUACAUGACAAUGUUUAAUCAUGGACCACCUUCUGAGAUUAUGGAAGCUAACAGACGUGUAGUGUUGAAACCUCAGAAUUCCAUAGAACUGGACUCGGAAGAAAUAGAUGAAGAAGAAUCGGAAGCUGUCCGUUCUGCCAAACACUGGCAAAAAUUUGUGGACGAUAAUAAAUUUGUGGGUAUUGGAGACGUGUACAACUCAUGUGAUGAUAAAGACAGAAUUACAAUUGGAAAAGCAAUAAUGCUUCCCGAUGAAGAAACGGGAGGGAUAAAAGUUAGAACUUUCAUCAACAUCACCUUAGAGAAACCAUUGACAGAGGGAGAAUUUCUCGUAGAUGUCAAAUACAAUGGUAAAGAUCUGUACGACAACCACUGGGAAUUCUGUACAAUAGAUGAAAACCAAGAGGUUCGUCAAGUAUUCUGUCCUUACAAACCGGGAUUUUAUUCAUGGGCAACAGACAAAAAGAUUCCAAAGUUCAUUCCAAAGGGUAAAUAUGAGACUCGAGCUUGGUUAAACGGUGACGAUGGAAAACUGUUGACUUGUGGGCUGACGACAUUUGUUUUAUAAUAAAUGAGGACCCUCACGCCUUAACAAUGCAGAGAAAACUGUUUUUGUAUUACAUGUAUUUAUCUUUAUGGAUCUUGCAUUAAUACACUGUACUAUGAUAUUGUUCAUGAUUGAGUAAAAGGUGGUCUUGUUAAUAACCCAAAAUGAUUAUACUCGUUUUCUUUAAAUAUGUAUCAGGGAUGUUGCAUUUAUAUGACGCGUGUUGCUUUGAUUUUGUCUCGUUUUAGAGUUGUAUUAAAAUAUUCCACUCUAAAUACCCUGUGUAAAUACUCGUAUAUUUAUUAACUUCAUGUACAUUAAUUUUCUUCAACCAUUAUUCAGACUUUGUUCCACUUUUUGUUUUAUUUGUAUAUGUGUAACCCCCCCCCCCUCUUUUUUUAAAUACGAAAAAUACAUUACAUAUAUAUUUUUUAUGCACAUGUGAUUACCUCGGUUAGGAAGAAAUUCAUUACAUGUAUUAAAUUAUUCUUUUUAUGGGCAUUGAUUUCCUCGAUGAUGAAGUAAUACAUUGCAUGUAUAUUAUUUUUAAUGUAGGUGUGAUUAUCUCGCUUAUGAAGAAUUACUUUUUUCCCCAUUAAGAUUUUUUGCAGUAUUUCUCGAAACAAUGCAUCUUUUCUGAAAGUGUAUGGAAAAUAUCUUCAUUUAAAGAGAAAUAUGUACAGAUAUAUCUUUUCUGGAUUUUUUUUAACAAAAAGGGUUUUAUUUUUCUUUCUUUCUUUUUCUAAAGAUGCAUAUAUUUGCUGAUGAAUUAUCAAUGAAAGAAGUAUUACAUGUAAAGUUGAACAUAUUCAUAUGUAUACCGAUGUUAGAAUUAUUUGUAAUCAAAGUCUUUCAUCUUACUCGUAAAAGUACGCCUAACCCAUGUUAAAAAGGUUAUAAAUAUAUACAUGGAUAUAUUUUUGUUUAUGGGACAUAACAUUUCUUUUAUUAGAGAUAAUAGCUUAAUGAAAGAGAUGUCUUGAUCUAAUUUGUUAAUGUACUCAUAGUAUAGAAGUUAAAAUAAAUCUGAAU